GAAGCUAAUAAAGAUCUGGAUGACAUGGCCGAUUUAUCCAAGAGAGGUUAUAAGUUUAAAAUUAGAGAUUGGCGAAACAUGUCAGUAGACCUAUACGGUGCUAAUGAAGAAAUAAGAAGAGCAUCUUUACUGUUUGGGAAUGGAGGGAUGAGUCAAGCUUCUACUUCGUAUCAGGAGGAGUCUUUGGAAUCAAAGAUCAACAGAAUCAGCGAGAUGGUGGGAGAUAAUUUAAGGAUCAUGAACGAUCGUUUGUGUUUGAUUGAAAAAGACAGGAAACAGAUUAAAGAACGUGUGACAAACCUAGAGAAACUACAAAGAGUUACUUCAUAUGAAACUCCAAACAAUGAGACUGACACAACUCCAUUUCAUGAGACGGCUUCCAGACAAGGUGAAGCCAAUGCAGAUCAAGCAGAUGAACAACUUAACAAUGAGGAUACACGAGAGCCUAUGAAUGAGAUCACGAAAGAGACACCUGGUUCUCCAAUAGCUCAACAGAAUAUUGAGACUCCAGUCCUUACUCCAAUUCAGACGCAGCAGGAGACUCACGAGCUUAUGAAUGAGAUCAUUUCACCAAACAUUUCCGACACACAGCCAAAUACCCGAGCUCGCAGAAAUCUUUUAACAGAGCAAAAUAAGGAUGUAGAAAGCAGAGUUCAAAAUCCCUUUGAGAUCGGAGCAAAUGUGGAGAUUUCAUCACAAGAUGACAAUACUUGUCAUAAAUGGUAUCCAGGAAAUGUGUUGGCAACAUAUUUGGUUGAUGGGGUUGAGAUGGUGAAAGUUGAGUACUUCGUCCCGUCUCUGGACGAAAAGAAGAGGAAAAGGAGUGUUGAGACACGUGUAUCAAUUGACAGAAUACGUCCUCAACCACCACCUGAGAGAUCUGGAGCGAAGAAAAGUUAUGAGCUAAUGCAGGACGUGGAGGCGUUCGACAAUGGUGCCUGGUGCGCUGGAAAAGUUAAAGUCAUUUUGUUUGAUGGCUCGUGUUUUGUCUCUUUGAACAAUUCUAAAGAACAAAUUUACUUCCACCAUUCUGAGAUGCGAAAACCAAGAAAAUGGGUAGAUGGUGUUUGGGAGAUGACAAAAAAGAUGGAAGAAGAGCAGACGCAGAGUGUGAAUCCAAGUGAAGGAGAUGGUGAUAAAAAGGGGAAGGCGAAGGCUGUCGCUUGUAAGAAAAAUGAAGCAGCUGGUCCAUCAGAAGAUGGUGUUGGGAAAAUGGCAAAAGAGAUGGAAGUAAAGCAGGGUAAGAGUGUGAAACCAAGUCAAGACGAUCAUGCAAAAAAGGGGAAGCCACAUGUUGGUAAGAAGAAGAAAGCAAAUGCUCAGCCAGUAGAUUUGCUUCCUUUUCUACAGCGAGAAGAGAAGAGGCCAAUACGACCUAGAAACCCUCCUAUACCUGUAACACCUGAGGUAAUCCUUCCAAUUGAUCCAUUUGUGACACCUGAAUUUCCUCGGUUUUCAAGGCUUGCACACUGGAUGGAUCUACGGGGCAUAUAUCGUGUACCGUUUUAUAUCAAUGGAAAAGAAAUUGAAAAAGAGUUCUUUCAAAAAAUGGACGAUGCAGAAAACAAUCUCAACAAAGAGCACAUAAAUGUUGCAUUUGAAAUGCUAAAUUGUAAGAGGGUUGAGCAAGGUGCUUGGUUCCGCAACAACAAUCUUCCAGCAGCAUGCUUUGUACCAGUCAAAUUCUUAGAAGUGGUUGGGUACGCUUAUGAAUCUGUCAGGAAGCCACAUAAGAAAAAAAAAAGUUAUUGGAGGGCUGUGUAGGCGAACUUGUGAAAGGUUUAAUACAUCCAAAGAAGGUAUGGCUGGAAGAUGUUGAUGUUAUAUAUGGUGUCAUUGAAGAUAAGUUGAGCUGUCACUAUAUUGGGGUGGAGAUACAAUUGAUGGACAACACAAUCACACUCUUCCAUUGUGGUCUUCCAAAAGCAAAUAUCAAACGUGCUCUUAAUCAAAUCCAAGAACUGGCAGGUAAAAAUAUUAGCUAAUUUAGAAAAUAAAAGUUUGUCACUUGCUGCUUGUGAUUGUGAUGCAUUUUUACAUAUUCAUUUUGUUGUCUGUUGGUGAUUGAUUUAUUGUAUAAUUUUGGGUAUUUAUGACAGUGUUGAUUAGUGCCAUAAAGAUGGAACUUCUUGGUGAAGAGGUUAAUUUCGAAGAUAUCAGUCCAUUUGAAGUUAAGUUUGCAGAAGGGCUUCCAAAGACAAAAUUUCCAUACAACUGUGGUAUUUUUGUUGUGAAGAUGCUGGAAUGCAGGUCACUGGGAUUGAAGAGCAUGGCUAAUAUAAAUGAUGAAACUGCGAUGGACUUACGAAGCAAGCUAUGUUGUGAGAUCUUCGACCAGUUUAUGGAUAAAGAUUUCCAGGAAGGUCAAAGGAAGUGAAAAUGUCAUAUUUGUUCUGUUUUCUACACUGUUUUUCUACUUUGAUAUUAAUUAUCCCUAACGUUUAAGUUUAAGUUUGUAAUGAAUUAUCCCUAACGUUUUUUUCAUUUAGAUUGUUAUUGAAAAAUUUUUAGGAUGUAUUGAUGAAUUGUCAAAUGCUUAUGGUACUUUUAGGAUGGGUUUCCAGAAAAAGAGUGAGAAAGCAAAAUGCACCAAAGCCUAGCAUAUUCCUUUAAAGUUUACAAAAAAAAUGAAAAAGAAAGUGAUCCGAUGUUGAUUGAACUCGUGAACUCUCGAAAGAUGAAUCAAAGUGUGCAGCCGCUGUGCCAAGGGUGUUAUACUUGCCAAAAGAUAUAAUAAAACGAUAAUAACUUGUAACUUUUGAAUAUUUAAUUAAAAACAGAAAAAAGUGAAAAUAUACACAACGGGAAUCGAACACGGCUUAUUGUGUGAUAAGGGUACACUAAGAGUAGAAGGGCUUGCCACUAGGCUAUGGUGGAUAUUCGAUAUCAGAGUAAAUGUGAACUUAUUUAUUCACAGACGAUAGAUUUAUAUGAUCUGGAUAUCAUUUUAAGUAUUCAGGAUAGCUUUCCAAAAACAAAUUCCUUUAAAGUUUACAAAAAAAAAAUGAAAAAGAAUGUGAUCUGAUGUUGAUUGAACUCGUGAACUCUCGAUAGAUUAAUCCAAGUGUGCAGCCGUUGUACCAAGGGUCUUAUACUUGCCAAAAGCUACAAUAAAACGAAAAUAACGUUUGAAUAUUUAAUUAAAAACAAAAAAAAAUGUGAGUAUACACAACGGGGAUCGAACACGACUUAUUGUGUGAUAAGGGUACACUAAGAGUAGAAGGGCUUGCCACUAGGCUACGUUGGAUAUUCGAUAACAGAGUAAAUGUGAACUCAUUUAUUCACAGACGAUAGAUUUAUAUAAUCUGGAUAUCAUUUUAUGUAUUCAGGAUGGCUUUCCAAAAACAAAUAAGCAAAUCAGAUAACCAAGUUAUAAGAACACUAGGCCAAACCAUUACAAAAUAGUGAAAAACAUUGAACAAGUUUUUUAUUUAGGUUGUUAAUUGAAGAAACAACACAAGAGAAACAAAAGUGCUUAUUCAUUUAAAAUAAAAACUGAAAAUCAAACAUAAUGUGGUCCUUAAAAACAUAAAAA